GCGAGAUUCUGCCCUUGGCUCAAUCUCAACCUCCACACAACCAUCACGACCCGACGACUAAUAGGCCUUGUGGAUUAAUAUCAGCCCUUACUUGACGAACGCACGAGCCUCAUGUUCCCUGGUCUACGUUCACACCACUCUUUGAUCCCUUGAUAUUGAAAAUCUAGAACGCAGGGAAGGUUGUGUUGCAUCGUCACCAUCAUGGCAUCUGCAGAAGAGAAGCCACCAGUCUUCAAUUACAUUCUCAGCUUCGUUCUUGUCGGCCUCGCGUGGGGCUUCACAACCCCUUUCAUCCGUCGUGCCGCUCAAUCACAUAAUCCACCGACGCAUCCAGUGCUCGAGAGCCCAUCAGUUCAAUCUAGCUGGCUGAAGUCAAAGUUAUACGGAGCUUUCUUUGCGGUCAUUGACCUUUUGAAGAAUCCUCGUUACGCAAUCCCGUUGGUUCUCAAUCUUACGGGAAGUAUCUGGUUCUUCUUGCUUAUUGGACAGGCUGGUAAGUUAUACUUUCUAAACUCACCUGUCAAAGGUUGUCAGGGGGUGUCGAUCGCGGAUAGUCUAGUGAAUCUUUGCCACGCCGAGUUGUUAGUUACUAAUGACGAAAAUCAGAAUUGAGCUUGACUGUGCCUAUCGUAAACACACUGGCGUUCCUCUUUACCGUUCUGGGUGAUUGGUACGUUGAUGGUAAAGUGAUCAGUAAAGAUACUGCGGUUGGGAUGGCUCUUAUGUUGGUUGGAAUUGGCUUGUGUGUUCAGAGCAAGCGUUGAUAGACUAGAUUAUAUGUAAUUGGACGUCAAUGAUUUUGUAUUCAACAAAUACCUUGUUCGGAUUGGUUACCAAACAAUGGAAGCAACAUGCAUGGGAGACUCCACUUCUGAAAGACUUAUUUGGUGAAACAUGAA